AACCAAUUCAAUACAUUCAACCUUAUAAUAACCAUGAGUAUGGAAACUGUAUACAUAAUUGAUGUUGAGAGUGGGAACUUACAAUCCUUAUCCAAUGCUAUCAAAUACAUUGGUGGGUAUGACAUUAAAUUCAUUCAAAAUGAAGAAGAAUUCAAACAGUAUGAUUCCCAAAUUGAAAAAUUAAUCUUUCCUGGUGUAGGUAACUUUGGACAUUUCGUAAAGGAAUUACGUGAUAGAAACUUGGUUGAACCUAUCAAUAAUUAUAUAAAAAGUGGAAGAUCCUUGAUGGGGAUUUGUGUAGGUUUACAGUCAUUAUUCAAAUCAUCAGAAGAAAAUCAAUUCCAAGUUAAUGGUUUAGACUUAUUAUCUGUUAACCUUAAUAAAUUUCAAGUAAAUGAUCCUAUAUUUAAGUCAAAGAGUUUGAAGAAAUCAGUACCCCAAAUAGGUUGGAAUCAUAUAAGUCAAAUUAAAAUUGGUGAUAAAAUCCUUGAAAAGUCCAAGACUUUAUAUGGAGUUAAUUUAGUUAAUAAAUUUUAUUUUGUUCAUUCAUACGCUGCUGUAUUAGAUGAAGCAAAUAAAAAGGUUAUUGAUGAAGCCAGUGUUAAUGGUUGGGACUUUGCUUAUACUACUUAUGGAUCAGAAACAUUCAUUGCGGCAGUAGCCUAUAAAAACUUCUUUGCAACUCAAUUUCAUCCUGAAAAAUCAGGUAUUGCUGGUUUAAAAGUAAUUAGAAAUUUCUUACAAGGGGAUAAAUUUGCUCCUAAUGAAACUACCACUACUAUUAAUGAAGCAUCCGAAAAAACAUUGACUGGAUUAAGUAGAAGAAUUAUUGCUUGUCUUGAUGUUAGAUCUAAUGAUGAUGGUGAUUUAGUAGUUACUAAAGGUGAUCAAUAUAAUGUAAGAGAAUCUAAUUCUGAUGGUUCAAAUAAAGUUAGAAAUUUAGGUAAACCAGUUGAAUUAGCUACUAAAUAUUACAGACAAGGAGCUGAUGAAGUUACAUUUUUAAAUAUCACAUCAUUUAGAAAUUCUCCUAUUAAAGAUUUACCUAUGUUAAAAGUUUUAACUAAGGCAGCUGAAACAAUCUUUGUACCUUUAACUGUUGGAGGAGGGAUUAAAGAUUUAAUUGAUCCAAUUUCUGGUGAAUUGGUUCCAGCUGUUAAAGUAGCAGAUUUAUAUUUCAGAUCAGGAGCUGAUAAAGUUAGUAUAGGUACAGAUGCUGUUACUAUUGCUGAACAAUAUUAUGCUAACAAUAAACAAAAAACUGGAAAGAGUUCAAUUGAAACUAUUUCAGCAACAUUUGGAGUUCAGGCCGUUGUAAUUUCUGUUGAUCCAAAAAGAAAAUAUAUAUCAUCACCUAAAGAUACUAAUAUGAAAGUAAUUGAAAUAACUGAUUCUACCAAAUAUGGACCUAAUGGAGAGAAAUAUUGUUAUUAUCAAGUAACAUCUCAAGGUGGUAGAAAAGUUCAUGAAUUAGGUGCAUUAGAGUUAUGUCAAGCUUGUGAAGAUUUAGGUGCGGGUGAAAUCUUAUUAAAUUCCAUUGAUCAUGAUGGUUCUAACAAAGGUUACAAUCUUGAACUUUUACAACAAAUUAAAUCCAAUGUAUCUAUUCCUGUUAUUGCAUCAUCUGGUGCCGGUAAUCCUGAUCAUUUUAAAGAAGUAUUUGAAAUGGAUUGUGGUAUUGAUGCAGCUUUAGGAGCUGGUUUAUUCCAUAGAGGAGAGUAUGAGGUCAAUGAUGUUAAACAAUAUCUUUUAGAUAAUGCCCAUAUGGAUGUUAGAUUAGAAACUGAUAUAGAUUUGUAAUCCACUUUGUGUAUAAUAUAAUAUAAUAUAAUAUAAUAUAAU